GCCAGAGUCUGGGCACAGCCGGGCCCUGCGAGAGCGGGUGUGGAUUCUUGCUCCAGAAUGCUUGCCUCCAGGAGCAUGGCAUAUUCAUGGUAGCCCUAGAAGCUCUCUAGAAAAGCACCAACCUGCCCUCCUGCAGGAGGUACAGCUUCCUAGAUGGUCCUUUCCUGUCUCAUCCUGCAGCAGGCAGAGGGCACCAGACUUUGGCUCAAGGAUGUGGAUGGCAUCCUGGGGUCAUCUUGAAGGAAGCCUCACUGACCAGAGACAGGUUAAGAAGGAGGGCUUGGGGGCCCACCAGCCCACCCAACACAGGAAGGCCUACAGUUGGACUUUGCCCCUGCUCUGUGAGUUGGCUGAGGAAGGAAAAGCUGCAGAGAGCCGGAGGAGGCCUGGAGAGAAGCAGAGACCAGGGCUCAUACUGGUGGACCCGGCCUCAGCCCAGGUGCCAGCUUAUCUGCAUUGCUGAGGCGAGGCAGCGCCAUGCUGGGGCCCCACCUUCCACACCCACCCCUUGGGCCCAGCGAAGGCAGACCUACCGCCUGCACCUUCCGGAUCCCUGAUGGGAGCUACAGGUGUCUGGCCUUGGAGGCUGAGGAGAGUGGCGGCGAGGAGGGCCUGCAGGGAGAGGCAGGGCUCAUGGACUUGGAGGAGGACAGGAUGGUCAGCAGAGGGGACAACUCCGCCUGCAGAGACACCCAAGGAGCACCAGAGCUGCCCAAAGCCCUGGGCAUCCAGCCAUCCAGCUGCUCCAGGGAGGCACAAAGGGGGCCCCAGCAUGACAACAGGGCCAGCCGGGAUUGGGACGUGGUGAAGGCCCGGCAGGUGAUGACAGUCAGCCCCAGCCCCAGCCCAGGGUCCAGGAGUCCCCAGAAAGCAGCUUUGGGCCGGAGCACUAGCCUCACCGAGAAGGAUCUGAAAGAGGCCAAGGCUCGGAGCCAGCAGAUCGCAGCCCAGCUGACCACCCCUCCCAGCUCCAACUCCCGCGGUGUCCAGCUCUUCAAUAGGCGCCGACAGAGGGUGAAUGAGUUUACCUUGGAAAGCCACGGCCGGAGGGGACAGAAGUCCAGCCAGGAGUCCCUCAGAGUGCCCCCUGCCAGCCCCACAGGCCAUGCCCGGGGGUUCAGCCUGAGUCCCAACUCACUUCCCGAGCCCAGCCCUCCAAGGAACCCUGACUGCCAGAGUCCUGACCUAGGGGUCUCUGGUCACAGCAUGGAGGGGUGCUCAGAGGAAGCCAGUUUGUUGCGGCACCUGGAGAAGGUGGCCAGUGAGGAGGAGGAGGUACCACUGGUGGUUUAUUUAAAGGAGAACGCAGCCCUGCUGAUGGCCAAUGGGCUUCACCUGUCCCAGAACCGAGAAGCCCAGCAGACCCCACCAACCCUGCCUCCGGCUGAGGUCCACAGCCCAACUGCAGAUGUCAACCAAAACCUUCCCUCACCCAGUGCCACACUCAUUGCACCAGCUUCUAACAGCAGCCACAACCUGCCAGCCACAGAUGUUAAUCAGAACCCACCGGCAACUGUCGCUUCUCAGAGCCUGCCGCUUUCUAGCAUCCAACAGAAUACUUCAGAGGCACAGCUCCCACCAAAUGACAUAGUGCCAGAUUCCAAGCCCAGCACGCUGUGUGCUGACGGGCAGUCCCAGGAGCUGGCGGUGGAGGCGAGACCCAGCACGCUCCUACUCGAGAAGGUAUCAGCUCCACCGACCACCACCUUCUCCAGAGAAGCGACUCCCAUCUCUAGUUCUGGGCCCCCAGCCCCAGAUUUCAUGUCCAGCUCCCCGCCCAUCGAUGUCCAGCCCAGUGCCCCAGCAGCAUCAGCAGAACAAGAGACGUCUGGGCAGACAGUCGCCACCACACCCACCAAGCUGUACAGCGAGGUCCACCUCACGCUGGCCAAGCCCCCAUCUGUGGUCAACAGGACGGCCAGGCCCUUUGGGAUCCAGGCAUCAGGGAAUACCAGCCAGGUGGAGCGGAGCCCCAUGGUAGAGAGACGACAUCUCGGGGGGAUGGCCCCAGCUCCCCAGACCCACAGCAUGGUGGACAGGAGCCCUCGACCACAAAGACAUGUAAUGUCCCACAGCCCCAUGGUGGAGAGGAGGCCUGUGGCACAGCGAAGCCCUGCCUUGGAGAGACGCCCUUUGGGGAACUUCACCCCACCCCCUACCUAUGCCGAGACCUUGUCCACAGCCCCCGUGGCUUCCCGGAUUAGGUCUCCCCCCUCUUACUCUGCCCUGUACCCCAGCUCUGACCCUAAACCUUCCCAUCUGAAGGGUCAGGGAGUUCCCACCAGCAAGACAGGCAUUUUGGAGGAGUCGAUGGCCCGAAGAAGCAGCCGGAAAUCCAUGUUCACCUUCGUGGAGAAGCCCAAGGUGACCCCGAAUCCAGACCUGCUGGAUCUGGUACAGACGGCUGAUGAGAAGCGGAGACAGAGGGACCAGGGAGAGGCUGGUGUGGAGGAGGAGCCCUUUGCACUGGGAGCUGAGGCCUCCAACUUCCAGCAGGAGCCCGCGCCCCGGGACAGGGCCAGCCCCGCCGCGGCCGAGGAUGUUCUUCCCGAGUGGGCCUCCUGCCUCAAGUCCCCACGCAUCCAGGCCAAGCCAAAGCCCAAACCCAACCAGAACCUGUCUGAGGCCUCUGGGAAAGGGGCUGAGCUCUACGCUCGCCGCCAGUCCCGCAUGGAGAAGUAUGUCAUCGAGUCUUCGGGCCACACCGACCUGGCCCGCUGCCCUUCACCCACUAUGUCCCUGCCUUCGUCCUGGAAGUACUCCACAAAUGCCCCUGGCAGCCUCCGAGUGGCGUCCCGAAGCCCGGCUCGGACCCCGCCUGCCUCCCUCUACCACGGCUACCUGCCUGAGAAUGGAGUCCUGCGCCCAGAGCCCACCAAGCAGCCGCAGCCACCGUACCAGCUGCGGCCCUCGCUCUUUGUCCUCUCUCCCAUCAAGGAACCUGCCAAGGCCACUCCAAGAGCCACCUCGCCCGCCAAGCCGAGCUCCCUGGACCUGACGCCCAGCCUGCCCAAGGCGACCCUCCCUCGGUCACCUGCCCUGUCUCGGCCCUCCCGAUCCUCACCAGGCCUCUACACGGCCCCUGGCCAGGAUGGCCUCCAGCCCACUACCAUGAGCCCUACCUAUAGCAGUGAUAUCUCCCCUGUGUCUCCCUCCAGGGCCUGGUCCCCCCGAGCCAAGCAGGCCCCCAGGCCCUCCUUCUCCACCCGGAAUGCUGGGAUCGAGGCUCAGGACCGCCGCGAGAGCCUGCCCACCUCCCCGCCCUGGACGCCGGGCGCGUCCCGGCCCCCCAGCAGCCUGGACGGCUGGGUGAGCCCGGGACCAUGGGAACCGGGCCGAGGGAGCAGCAUGAGCAGCCCCCCGCCGCUGCCGCCGCCGCCUCCACCGCCCAUGUCCCCCUCGUGGAGCGAGCGCUCCGAAUCCCCGAUGCGACCUGAAACCGAGGCGCGGCCCCCCAGCCGCCAACUGCAGGCGCUCCUGGCUCGAAAUAUCAUCAACGCCGCCCGGCGCAAGAGCGCCUCCCCGCGGCCAGCGGGAGCCGAGAGCUUGCGGCCCUUCUCCCCGCCCGGGGUGCCGCCGCCGCCGCCGCCGCCGCCGCCGCCGCCGCGCAUGCGCUCGCCGCAGCCCGCCCGCCCCGGCCCCAUCGCCCCCGGGGCCACGUUCGCCCCGAUCCAGCGGAGCCCGCUGCUGGCCGGGCCCUCCCCCUGCGCCAGCCCCCGCAGCCCGCUGCCUGCGGCGCCCAGGCCCUUCCCCUACCGCCGCUCGCCCACGGACUCCGACGUGUCCCUCGACUCUGAGGACUCCGGGGCGAAGUCGCCCGGCAUCCUCGGCUACAACAUCUGUCCCCGCGGGUGGAACGGCAGCCUGAGGCUCAAACGUGGCAGCCUCCCGGCCGAGGCCUCCUGCACCACCUAAUGCCUCCCCCGCCCCGCCCCAUCCUCACCCCGGGAUAUCCAAGCCGGAAGAAAAGUCAUCGGGCUUGGGCGAUCCCAGCACCAAGCCCCCAAGGGGUCUGGCCUCUUUGGACAGCCCCUAAGAUAAGGGGUCAGGGAGGAGAGCUCUGGGCUUCAGGGUGUGGUAGUGAUCCAAGCUUAGGUUCUAGCCCUAACUCUCUCAUUCAGUCGUUGGGUGAACCUGGGCAAGACUUCCGUUGUCUGACCCUCAGCUUUCGAAUCUGUUUAAUGGGGCUUUGGCCAAAGCAAUCUCCAAACAUCUUAACACCCCCUCCCACCAACACACACACACACACACACACACACACACACACACACACACACACACACACACACCCCUUGGAAGAGGUGGGGCAUUGUGUAUAUGGACCCCUGGACCUGCUGCUUUGCAGGGGGCCAUACUCUUCUCUCCCUUCCUGGCUCUGCUCUCAGUCUGGCAAAUGAGGGGUGUGUUCAGAAGAUCGUAGGCCUAAGUUCCCCGUCCAGUCCCUGGCUUGACCAUCCGCCUCCCUGGCACCAAGGCCCAGGCAGGAGCAGCUGUUUUCCAUCCCUUCACAGACAAGCUCUAUUUUUAUCAUGGUGACCUUUACAGAGGUCUCCCAGGCCAGCUCAAGGUGCCCCUCUGGCUCCUCUGGAGAGAAGCAGCAGGAAGAGUCCUCCUCCCAGAUCCCUCUCAGGCUUUUCCCCACCCCAGCUCAGAUGGCUCAGCGCAUCUUCUAUGCAGCCAGAGAAGAGUGCUGUGAGGUGAUGAUUUCCCCCAGGCCCAAGACUUGGGCCUCCAGGAAUGCUAUAGGUGCCUCCCAACCCAUCUAUCUCUUCCGGGCCCUUCAUGGCAGCCUUUUCAAAGCGGAGCCCUUUCAGAGUUGAUAUGGAGCUAUCUAUUAUCCUGUAGCUUUCCCUGAGGGCCCUGAAUUUGAGGUUGCCCAUUUGGAAAGAGGGAGGCAAAGAGUUCCUUGUUAUGGGGGGUAUGCAAGCAAUGGCCGGAGUGCAUAGAGGAGAUCCUAGUAGGGAGUGGCUUGGCUCAGAUGACCUCUGAAAUGCAUUCCAUGGUAUUAGGAAGGGAGGGAAGAAUAGUAGUGGAGGCUUGGCUGAGCAGAAUUCAGAGGCAGGUGAGCUUGGGUGGGUGAAUGAAGGGUUAGACCAGAGUCAGCCUGUGUUUCUGCUUCCUUAGGAAGUACCUUACUCUUCAGUAACAGGCCCCAGUGUCCGGAUCAUGCCCAGAGGAAUGGGCACGGUUCUGCCCAUCUUUUUCCCCAUUGCUCUCUGGCUUAGCUAGUGCCUCGUGCCCAGUGACUUUAGGGAGCCUGGCUGCAGGCCCUAGCCCGUCCCUUAAACCUUGAUGAUUCUGAUUCCAAUCCCCUGGAGGAACAUGGCUAAGUUCUAUAGUUUUCCAGAGUUGGCUGGUGGGGCCUUUUAGAGGUUCAGAUACUAAAUGCAGGGAUUGGGGGGUGAAGUGUGUUGUAAUUGACUGAGGAUCAAAGGUGUGUAGGGGAAAGGAUGCCAGGAUGUUGCCAAAGAUAAGGGACAGUGUGAUUUUGGGUUAGGGGUAGACUUACCACCCAUUAGGGUGUUGUUAGACCUGGAACCCUUAGGUAAGGCUAGAGAAAGAAAGCUGGGAUCAGGAUGGCAAUCAGUGUGCCAGUGGGUUUGGAGUAAAGAAGUGAGCCCAGAGGGUUCCUAAGGCCUAAGGAUUGGGAAUACAGGCCCUGUUGGUGGGAAGACGAGAGGGUGCUACCAAUUAGUCGAUGAUGAGUGACCACAUUUACCAAAGUCCUCACCUGCUUUAGGGUCCCUUGUACCAUGGAAGACAGGGGCUAAGGCCCCUUUCAGAGAAGAAACACUAUUAGGCCACUGGCUGAGGCAGUGGCGUAGAAUAUCUACUUCUACCUGCAUUUCCACAAAGAGCCAGCAGGAGGCAGCCUUGAGAAGCUAGAACUCUGGCUGUUCUCUCCUAUCACUGCCUACUCCCCCAAACCUCUCCUGUAACCCUUUAGCGAUCACCUAUGUCGUGUCUCUUGUCUCCUGUAGAAAUCAGCUCUGGCCCUAAAUAAAUGCUUCCUGCAUUC